GAAAUAGAACACACAAAAAAUCUGAUCUUUUCAAUGCCUGCAUAAGCAUUUGACGUCAAUUUUUAUUUAUUUAACUAGGCAAGUCAGUUAAGAACAAAUUCUUAUUUCCAAUGAUGGCCUACCCCGGCCAAACCCUAACGAUGCUGGGCCAAUUGUGCGCCGCCAUAUGGGACUCCCAUUUCCCGUCGGGUGUGAUACAGCCUGGAAUCAAACCAGGGUUUGUAGUGAUGCCUCUAGCACUGAGAUGCAGCGCCUUAGAAUGCUACGCCUCUCGGGAGCCCCUACUGAACCACAUCAACAUAAUAUAAUAAUCUUGUAAUAUGCGUAUGCCCGCGCAGAAUAUGUUAUAAUCACAGCUAAUCAUGUCAGAUUUCAAUGCUUGUCCACGCUGAAAUAUACUUGAGAUUGAAAUAUUGCAUGAUUUUCGAAACUUGCCAAGCAGUCCAUGCAUUGUCUGUCUGCUGUGAGCUGUAACUCGACAGUCUAUGGAGUUCAAACCUAGGCUUUGAUUUGACUGCUGAUCCGGGAACUCACCAGGGGACAUAAUCUUCCGCUCUGAGAUGUGUUCUCAUAAACAGAUUAUCUCGAGUUACGAUAAUAGUAUUGUUAAUAUAGUUACAUGAAGACAUGGCUAAAGGUCAAUCAGAUUUGUGAACAUAAUCCCUAGCUGUGUGUUGCCGCUUUCCAUGUUGUCUAUUGUCUGUAGCUUGUGAGGUGUGGAAACACUUUGUUGCUUUUAUGGAUUUUGUCUUGUUGCUUUUUGUACUGUCUGUGUGGUUGAAAAUUUGCCGGCUGGUUAAAACCGGUACAUUUACUGAAACGUUGAUUAAUGUGCACUGUCCCUGUAAAAAAAUCAAAUAAACUCAAACUGUUAACUUGGUGCGCUGUAAAUGGUUAAAGACUUUGGACUCAUGUUUAUCAAAGUGUUGCAGGAGUGGAAGUGAUUGUUAUCUGCAGCCUCACUGGAACUGUGAUCAAAGUACAUUCACACAGGGCACUGGUGCUCUCAGGAAAGUUGCACUUGUUCGCGCAGUCACGUUGUGAACAACUUUGGGAAAAGGACAGAAAAGGUUGACGGGAUGAAGCAAGAAAAGACUCAGAUGAAGGAUUUCCUGGAGAAUAUCAGUGUUCUGCAAGCGGUGCUGACACUCCCCCUCUUAGGUCCGGCGUGUAUUGGGUUGAUGGUGUACCUUAUGUUUACGUCUCUGUGGCUGCUGCCUACUCUCUACUUCAUAUGGCAGUUAAAGGACCGGCACACACCUGAAAGAGGGGGUAGGAGAACUGCAUUUGUGAGAAACUGGAAAGUGUGGAAGCUCGUAAGGGACUACUUCCCAAUGAAGUUGGUGAAGACAGCGGAGUUGAACCCAAACAAGAACUACAUCUUAGGGUGUCAUCCACAUGGGGUCUUGAGUGUCGGAGCCUUUACUACUUUCACCACGGAGGCCUGUGGCUUUAUGGACCUCUUCCCUGGGGUGCGCUCCUGUCUCUGCAUCCUGAGUGGCCUCUUCAAGAUCCCCCUCUACAGGGAAUAUGUCAUGGCCACAGGUUGUUGUCCAGUCAGCAAGCCCAGUCUCAAGCACCUUUUGUCUAAAAGUGGGAAAGGCAAUGCGCUGGUGAUUAUUAUAGGGGGUGCUGCUGAGUCUCUGCUGAGUGUGCCUGGGGUCAACGCUGUGGUUAUGAAGCAGAGGAAAGGCUUCGUCAAGGUGGCCCUGGAGUUUGGGGCUGACCUGGUGCCCGUCUACUCGUAUGGGGAAAACGAUAUGUUCCGCCAGGUGAUCUUCUCAGAAGGCAGUGUGGGCUGGAGGUUACAGCAACUCUGUAAGAAGAUCAUGGGCUUUGCCCCUUGUCUGUUCAUGGGUGAACGCUGGUUCUGGAUGCCUUACCACUGCCCAGUCACCAUUGUCGUGGGUAGUCCUAUCCCAGUGCCAACGAGGCCUUCUCCCACUCAGGAGGAGGUGGACCACUAUCAUGGCCUAUACAUGGAGUCCCUGGUCAAGCUCUUCAAUGAGCACAAAGUCAGCUGUGGACUCUCAGACAGCCACGAGCUGCUGAUCACAUAAGCCAAUCAUUUUGACAACGUGAAUGAGGUGAUUUGUCAUGGUGUCCUUCUGUCUGUACUGUAGCCCACCGAUCUCCACAGUGAGUAUGUUUACACGCACGGUAAUAAUUAUAUAUUAACUGAUCAUAUCGAUGAUAUACUGAUUACGACAGUACUGUGAGUUUGGCAGUAGUCAUGAUUAUCUUAAUCGGCGUAAAGUCAUAAACGAAGCAUAAACGGACUAAAAUACCUAUAUUUUUUUGCAAUCUUUUGAAUUAUUUGGAUACCUUAUUCAGAGAUCCUGUGGUGUAGUUGAUCUGCACAUGUGCUAUCAUCAUGUAUCUAAGAAAUAGGUUUCACAUACAAACUCUAUAUUUCUGAAGUCAGAAUCAAAUAGGCUUCCCAAAAAAUGAUAUGAUUGCUGUGAUAGGACCUUCAUUUUUAUUGGUCAUUUUUCUACAUUUCUUUAUGUCCCAUCAAGCACCCUUAUUAUCAGCUGUCCAUGUAAACAGGAUGUUUAGGGAAUUAUUUCUUCUUGCAAAUCCUAACAAUGUUUUAAUCAAAUUAUUAUAUUAAAUCAGAGUAUUUACAACGAUCCUAUUACUGAAUGCAUGUUAACAUACUCAUGAGACUACUUGAAUGAAAGCAUUCCAACCCAGUAUCUGUCCCAAUCAUUGAUCCCUGGAUCCACCAAGCUGCCUGUCUAAUUGACGCAUCGCUUUGACUGCAUUUACUGUAAGAAUGAAUUCAAGGGGAAAUUGUAUGUGGUUUUAUAUGUAGCAAUAAUUUAACCAUGAAUCUGAAUACCUUUAAGAUCCACUCAAUUUCAUAACAAACAGUAAUUGAUUGUGUGACUUAGGAUUUAUGAAGAAAUACUGUGCUUACAUGUUGAGUAUAAUCAAUGAGAAUUUGUAGCCACCAGCAGCACCUGAGCAAUGUUAAUCAGGGAUCAUAACAUUCUUUCAAGUAUAACAGUUGACUUUGAAUAACUUGUGCAGUAGAGCUGCCGUAUACUGACUAUUUGCAAUACAGUAAUAUAUAGAAAUGAUGUGUUUCUGCUGAUAUGUAUUUGAAUAAAUGUGGCUUGUGGUGAGGGUUCACUUUGACCACAGGAUUUUGCCACAAUGUAUGAAUUAAUUUAAUCCUUCCUGUGAACUGCAAAGUGGAUACAGAUAGCGGUAGUGAGAGGUUUUGGACAUGAACAGAGGAGGAGUGUCUUUCAGUGCUAUGAUUCACAAGCUGUAGAGAUCUAUCAUAACAUUUCAAUAUUUCUCUCUCAUCACAUACACAUAUUAGGCUCUUCCCUACAGGACAAAGUAGUUGUUACCCAACUAUGCCAAUCAUUUUUGACAUGGAAAAUGAAUCUAGAUUUAAAAUACACUACCGUUCAAAAGUUUGGAGUCACUUAGAACUGUCCUUGUUUUUGAAAGAAAAGCACAUUUUUUGUCCAUUAAAAUAACAUCAAAUUGAUUAGAAAUACAGUGUAGACAUUGUUAAUGUUGUAAAUGACUAUUGUAGCUGGAAACAGGUGAUUUCUUUAUGGAAUAUCUACAUAGGCGUACAGAGGUCCAUUAUCAGCAACCCAUCACUCCUGUGUUCCAAUGGCACGUUGUGUUAGUUAAUCCAAGUUUUUCAUUUUAAAAAGGCUAAUUAGUCAUUAGGAAACCCUUUUGCAAUUAUGUUAGCACAGCUGAAAACUACUGUUCUGAUUAAAGCAGCAAUAAAACUGGCCUUCUUUAGACUAGUUGAGUAUCUGGAGCAUCAGCAUUUGUGGGUUUGAUUACGGCUCACAAUGGCAAGAAAUAAAGCACUUUCUUCUGAAA